CAAGGGAUUCCUAAACACACCUCUGCUUAGUCUGUUCAUCUUUGCUCCAGGUGUAUGCAAACCUCCAGUGCUAGGACCCUGAGGCAUCCAGGCAGCUAUGGCACCUCUGCUCACUGUCAGAUUGCAGUUGCUGUGCUUACGGGCCAUAGGUUUUCUUAUAGGCUUAAUAGGACAAGCUGCUCGUGUGUUUGGAGGCCAGAAAUUUGACUCAAAGACUACUGGGCCAGUGACUGAACCUUUGCUGUUGCUCUCUGGGGUACAACUAGCCAAAAUGAUCCGACAAAGGAAGGUGAAAUGUAUAGAUGUUGUGCAAGCUUAUAUCAACAGAAUUAAGGAUGUAAACCAAAUGGUCAAUGGAAUUGUCAAGCACAGGUUUGAGGCAGCUAGAAAGGAAGCACUUGCUGUAGAUCAAAGACUUGAAGAGAUGCAGGAAGAUGAAGCCAUCCUAGAAAAGCAAUGGCCAUUACUUGGUGUUCCUUUGACAGUAAAAGAAUCUUUCCAGCUACAAGGAAUGCCCAAUUCUUCUGGCCUUGUGAGCCGUCGUGAUGCAAUUUCAGAUACAGAUGCCACUGUGGUUGCAUUGCUGAAGAAGGCUGGUGCCAUUCCCCUUGGCAUAACAAACUGUAGUGAGCUGUGCAUGUGGUAUGAAUCAAGCAACAAUCUCUAUGGCCGCUCCAACAAUCCUUAUAACUUACAGCAUAUUGUAGGAGGAAGUUCUGGUGGUGAAGGCUGCACUCUGGCAGCUGCCUGUUCAGUGAUUGGUGUGGGCUCUGAUAUUGGUGGUAGUAUUAGGAUGCCUGCUUUCUUCAAUGGCAUUUUUGGACACAUGCCUUCACCAGGUGUGGUUCCCAACAAGGGUCAGUUUCCCAUGGCUGGUGAAGCCCAGGAGCAGUUUCUGUGCACUGGUCCAAUGUGUCGCUAUGCAGAAGACCUGAUCCCCAUGCUGAAGGUCAUGGCAGGACCUGGGAUCACAAAGUUAAAACUGGACACAAAAGUACACUUAAAGCAUGUGAAAUUUUACUGGAUGGAACAUGAUGGAGGCUCGGUAUUAAUAUCCAAAGUAGACCAAGAUCUCAUUCAGGCCCAGAAAAAGGUUGUGGAUCACCUUGAGACUAUCCUUGGAGCUUCAGUUCAACAUGUUAAGCUGAAGCAAAUGAAAUACUCUUUUCAGUUGUGGAUCACAAUGAUGUCAGCAACAACACCUGAUGGGAAGAAACCUCCGAAAUUUGCGGAUCUGCUUGGUGACCAUGGGAAAUCAAUCAACCCUCUGUGGGAAUUGAUCAAAUGGUGCUUUGGUGUAUCCAUAUACACUAUCCCUUCCAUUGGGCUGGCUUUGUUAGAAGAAAAACUCAGAUAUAACAGUGAGAAAUACAAUAAGUAUAAGAAAGUGGGAGAAAGUCUCUACAAAGACCUGCUGGAGAUAUUAGGUGAUGAUGGUGUGUUCUUGUACCCCUCACAUCCCACAGUAGCUCCAAAGCAUCAUGUUCCUCUAGCAAGGCCUUUCAACUUUGCUUAUACAGGUGUCUUCAAUGUCUUGGGUUUACCUGUGACACAGUGCCCACUGGGUUUGAAUACCAAAGGACUUCCUCUAGGAAUCCAGGUUGUGGCUGGACCUUUUAAUGAUCAUCUAACCUUGGCUGUGGCUCAGUACUUGGAGAAGAGUUUUGGGGGCUGGGUAUGUCCUGGAAAGCUUUAGCAGGACAUUUGCAGGUGAAAGUGUAUUUAUGAGUAUGUUUCUUUUUAUUGGGUGAGCUUGAACACCAGCGGGGAAGUAGAUACAAAGAGCAUAGAAUUUAUUUACACAUUCAGUUAUUCAUUUAUUACACUGUUUUUUCUUACUAUAAUAGUUAUAAUUACUUUCUCUUUCCAUUUGAUUGCAUAAGGUGCUCAUGUAAAAAGAUAAGGGCAAUAAAAUUUUCAAAUGCUGUA